CACUCCAAGAGGAAAGACUAUUUCAGUUUCCGUAGAUGAAAAGUGUGAAAGGAAGCCCGCGCUAAACCGUCCGCGCUGCACAAAUAUUGGGGAAAAGUAUAUAAGUAGUAGAGAAACUUGUCACCACUGAAAACAUUCCAACAAUGGCAACCAUUACCAAGUUUAAAGUUGAUGAAUUUGACUCAGAGAAAAUGAAUGUUGUGGAGGAGUAUAAGAAGAUGAGUGUUAAUGAUCAGGUAAACACUGGGUCGAAGAAAAAACUUGUUCAGAGGCUCUGUGCUGCUGCUGAUUUACAGAUUAACGAUCAUCUUCCAGUUGGAGAUGAAGGCGAGACAGAGAAAUUGGUCACAGCAACAAAGAAGGGUGCAGCUGUUUUGGAUCAAUACCUGUCAGAUGAAAUCAAGGCAUUAUACCAUGUCCUGCAACGAGGAAAUGAUAUUUAUGAUGCCACAUUGAACCAAACAAAUGUUGAGAACAACGAUAACCAAUUUUAUAUCAUUCAAGUUCUAGAGAAUGAUUGUGAUGGGAAUUUCCUUGUUUACACUAGAUGGGGUAGAGUUGGUGCAAAGGGUGGAACGAAGAUCAGUGGCCCCUAUACGUCUGCCAGUGAUGCCACAUCUGAGUUCGAGCGUAAAUUCUAUGAGAAGACCAAGAACUGUUGGUCUAACCGCAAAGAUUUUUUUUGUCAACCAAAGCAAUAUGCUUGGUUGGAAAUGGAGUAUGAUGAAAAUGGGGAAGACUCAUCAAUCCAAGGACAGUCCAUUCUAGUACCAAAAAGUCGACCUCGUGAGACUAAGCUGGAGGCCCCGAUUGCAAAGUUCAUAUCUCUUAUUUGUGACAUCAAUAUGAUGAGGCAGCAAAUGAUGGAAAUAGGGUACAAUGCUAACAAGUUGCCACUCGGUAAAUUGAGCAAGAAAACUAUUUUAAAGGCAAGUAUCCGAAGUGUGAUUUAUGCUUUAGUGUCUCAUUUCUGAAGUACUUAGUUUUAUCUCCAUUUAUUUAAAUCUGUGUGGCCCUGAAUGAA